AUGAAUAAUUCAACAGCUAAUUUAUCGGAAAACUUAACGUCAUUUGUCUAUGAAGAUUUAGUCGUUCAUAUUCAAGCAAUUCAAUAUCAAAUUAUUGAAAUUUCAAAACAUCUUAAUAUCAAAUGGAACAAUAAAAUGAUACGAAAGAAAUUAAAAUCACGUUCAAUAACAUUUAUUGAUCCAUAUGGAAAUCUAAUAACUAAUGAAUGUAUGGAUCAUGAAUUAAUCAGCACAUCGCUUAAGAAAUACAAGAAGAAUUAUAUAGCAAAAUAUUUACAUAAAUGGAUUAAAAUUGGAACAAUGAAUAAUAAUUUUAUUUUACCUUUAAAUGAAUAUGAACUAAAAUCACCUGUAUCCCAAUAUCCUGAUGGUUAUCAAUUUAUCACAUAUGGUGAUUUGAAUAUAUUCAUAAAAUACCAUCAAGAUAUAAAACUUGAACAAAUUCUACUACGUGUUUUACUAACAGAUUCUAUAGAAAAAAUUAAAAUACGAUUACAGAAUCCUCUAAAAAUACCGAACAUAGAAUUAAGAUUGUCUUUAUUAUAUGAAAGUUUUCAAAUACUCAAGUCAAAUGAUACGGUGUUGUCACAUCAGUUAUAUAAAGAAAAUCAUAUCAUCACAGCACAUGUUGUGCACGAAAAAACUGAUACUAGAGCACCCAAAUCUUACUUUAUGAUUUUUGUGAAACUUCUGACUAGACGAACUCUCCAGCUAGAUGUCAAUGCUGAUAUGACUAUAGCUAAUGUGAAAGACUUAAUUUAUGAGAAGGAAGGCAUUCCUAUUGAUCAACAACGCUUAAUAUUUGCUGAACAAGUACUAGAUGAUGACGGAACUCUUUCAGAGUAUAAAAUAGAACAUCCAACUAUGCUUCACCUGGUGUUACGAUUACGUGGCGGAAUGUAUCAUUUUACUAGUGGCCGAAUAGACUUUGAAAACAUAUCACGCACACAUGCUGCCGAAGCUAUUAAAAAUAUUUUAGCAUUCGAUUUUAAACAGUUGAAUCAUGCUGAACAUGUAUCAAUAACUGAACUUCAAAACCUUGUUUUACAAGGACAAAUUCUUCUUUUAAAACUUUAUAAUAUAAUUAAUGGACUCUACGUAUCUGAUGAAGUUUCAAAUUUGAAGAAUAUUAUAUUAUCGAAUGUUGCUGGUAAUGAAAAUGAUAGUGAAGAUGAUUAUGAUGAUGUUUCAAAAGAGAAAUCACAGUCAACUGACAAAAAACAAUUAAAAGUAUUUCGAUUGUAA